UUGCAUUUGGAUUGGGUAGCUGUAUUCGUUCAGGUGGAGAAGACGGUUUCCUAUUGGUUCUGAACAUCACAGUCUGUCGUAAAAUAACAUAUUCUUAAACCUGAUUGGACAGAUGGAAAACUAUGUAGCUCUUCAUUGGUAUUUUUAUUUUGUUUUGCCAUUAGCUUAUUUUACCUCCCGCCUCUUAUUCAUUGGCCGCACAAAAUACCUGCGUCUCAUAACUCUGUUACGAUUGGUGAUUUGUAGACUUUUUCGUAUCCAAUCAGAUGUUGGUCUGACUCUGCCGCCAGGGCGUGUGUUAUCUGAUUGGUUGGACCGAUUUCACUUUUAACUUUGAAAAAUACCCGCUUGCAUUUCCUGCUGACAUGUUUGGGGGCAUGACCAACCUGAAGCAGCGGCGCAGGAAAUGGAAGACCAUCAGGAAGCGCCGUUUGAGGCAGCGGAGCAUAGCCGUGGAGAGCCCCAGAGCAGCCGUCGUCCCUGCACACGAGUGCCCUGCAGACCCAAUGGUUGAGUGCAGUGCUGGUGAGAAGGUUGUAACGCGGUGGGCUCCAGUCACCAGUGUCAACAUUCUCUCCAACCUCCUGCUGGCCGUAUCCUCUCUGUACUGGGGCUGGAGGUCCCGGCUGAUUAAGGUGUGUUCCAGGCUGUGUGGUGCUCUGUUCCCCUCCCGGGUGUGUCUGCAGGAGAUGAACGUUUUGCAGCAGAGGGUGGAUGAGCUGCAGGUGGAGAUGGCCAGACUGCGCAGCGCACUGCAGCUGAGUGGAGCGGUGAAUGUAGUGUGCUCUUGCCAGGCUCCUGACACUAGGGGCUGGGCUAUUUCCUCUCUGCUGCUGCCACCACCACACAUCCCGUCUGUUAAGGGACACGGCAUGCAGCUCCCGGCACUGGCAGCCCUCCCCCCGGCUCCUCCUCCUCCUCCACCCCCUCCCCCUCCCCCACCUGCGCUGCCCCCGCCGAAGCCACUGCAAAUCCAGAAGAAGGCUGGGAGCACCACAUCACACCAGAGUGCUGCAGUGAAACAGGUUGGACCAGCUGCAGUGACCCUCAGGGACCUGCUCAACGUGAAGCUGAGGAAAGCAAAUGCACCUCUCCACAAGCCUCAGGUAGAGGAGGACUGCCCUGGCUCGGAUACCGGAGCUGCGACUUCACGGCAAAAACCAUUCUGUCAUUCAAAAGAGAAAGAUUUGUCUUGUCAGGCGAUCUCUCCUGAGAAGAAGCGUGCCCCACUGAUAACGAUGUCGGACCUCCGGAGAGUCAGCCUGAGAUCCUCGCACACCGACCUGCCUCUCAAAAUCGGGCUGCACAGGACCCCCAGUAAGAGCCCUCUGAAUUUGCGCAAGCACCUGAAGAAAGUGAACAUAGACAGGAGCCCUGGGGGGACCCCGCUGUACGAGAAGGAGAACAGGGAGACUGGCACCGGCCUCACACCCAUCAUGACGCAGGCGCUGCGCCGCAAGUUUCAGAUGGCUCAUCCUAAAAGCCCUUCUCCUUCGAACCGGCCUGUUAACAGGAGUUUUGAUGACACAAACCACUAAACUACUGCACUUUAUUUGAUUUGUUUAUUUAUUAUUAACUGUGGUGGUGGUGCUGCUGGCAGCCAUUCCAGUGUUUUAUGAAAGCUGCCGACAGCAAAGGGAAUCUCCACUGCUGCACGACCAGGUUUUAUACGCAGUUCAGGGGCGUGGGAAGCCACUUCUCCUUGUCCUGCAUCCACUCCUGUUUUAAAACAUUUUAUACGCUUCAUUUUUUUAUAUUGAGUUGUGUUAAUGAAUAAUCAGGGUUCUGUUAAGAACGGGUAUAUGGCUGCAUCUGUAAAUCUGUCUGAAAGGACAGGCAUACGGUUCUCUAGAUGUAUUCAAAACUCACUGUUGGUUUCAAACCUCAAUUAGCUCUAAUCUUGGACUGCUUCACCUAAGGUAACAUUAGGUAGUCCAACGUUAGUGCACCUGUAGUCUACUUUUGCCAUCAGUUUUAGGCCCCCCUUGCACAGGAAGAAACUGUUUAAAAAACUAAAAAAAAAAAAAAAAAAUCUAACCUGUAAUAAUAAUCACCUGGGUGGUUGUUUACUUUGGAAAGGUUUUCAUAACACAUCUCGUAUCCUUUUAAACUGUACGUGUUAUUAGGUAUGCAUUGAAUGUAACAUUGCACACUUAAAAUAAUUAUUUGAAUACUCAUUCUCAUUCAGUUCAACAGUACUGUAUUUGCAGUGUGUUUGUGAAAUGUGUUUUUAAAUACCCUCGAGAUUGUUUUAUCAAUGCUAUGCAAUAAACAAUGUAUUGAAUAUGUACUGAAUGUCUCCAUACUGUAAUGCAACAUAGCCUUACACACCUGUGUAAAGCAAAAAGAUUUUAGGAUGUUCAGUGCAAUGAUUUAAGAUUGUGUGAGUUAAGAUUUGUUGCACCUUAAAUAGUGUAAAAAAUAUAAACACUAUCUUGCACAUAACCAGAGAGCAACAACUCCAAUGAAAAGCAUUUAGUCUUCAUGACCUAAAUACUUGAUCACAUAUUUUAACCACUGAUUGGAACCAGAGGUUCUCAAACUUAUUACAACAGGGGGGCUACCUGUGUGGUCCAGUGCCCCUCCUGUUUAUUAUAUGUAAAUAGCAAUGCAAUGCUAAUUGUAUGUUUUUUAUAACACAGACAGACAUACUUUGAAUUGGAGCGCAAGAGUGCCUUUUUUUUUACAUGCCUUUUUGCAUUUGUACCUUUAUCAGUAUUAUUAAAU